AUGGUAGAUUAUGAUUCUCGCGCCGUGGUCGAGGCCCACUGCUGCUAUGGCGCGGCGGCGGUCGUCGGCAGCGCGCCCGGCGGCGGGCGUAGGAAGCGGGCGUGGGCGCGGCGCGCGGCGCAGCGGAGCGCGGCGUGGCGCGCGUGCCUCGCAGCCGCGCCCGCGACCUCCCGCCGGCAUGGCCGUGGCCGCCGCCGUCGCCUCCUGCUCGCCGCCGUGCUGGUCGCGCUGCUGUUGUUGCCCGGCGUCGCCGUGCUGCUCUGCCUCGACCUCUGGCGCCUCUGCAGGCGCGACCCGGACGGCCGCGACGCCUCUUCAGCCAAUGGGCGCCACUCCGUGCUGGUGGGGAACGCGUCCUUCGUGUGGAAGAAGGGCCCUGACAAGAAGCCGCCGAGGCCCCUGGAUGCCACCCUCGUCUCCACAACAGUGGACGACCCUCCCGAAGCAACAGAGGAGCCGUAUUAUGCAGUGCCAUUCCACCGUGUCGUACCAGUGCAUGGUGGGCCAACAUCACAACAGCCAGCACCGCUGCCACCACCGCGCCGUCGCCAGGCGCGCGUCACCUGAGCAACGUCACCACAAUCACCACCACUAUCACUACAUCCAUCACCAUCUCUAUAUCCAUCACCAUCACCUUCACUUCCAUCACGCCCACUGUCCAUUCGAUCCUCGCCCACCGUAGAUGUAGUUUCAUCAACUCAGUCAAACCGCUUCUCGUAGACUUAAGGCGUAAAAAUGAAAAUAAAAUGUCGUUCUUCCUACGUGA